AUGUGUAACGUGCAAAAUAUUUCUGAAGCUUACCUCGCUCUUUUCCAAGAUAUUGACUUUAAUAAUAAGGAGUUACAAGUUGCUAUCUUCUUUAUUGUGUUUAAUCCGUUAUAUUGGAACUUUGGUGCAAGAUUAGAGUAUAACACCAAAACACUUUCAAAAUUAAGUUUCGGCUCCAAGAAGUUAGCAGUUUAUCUAUUUUCAUUAUCUGUUUUUAUCUUGGGUUUGUUUAGAGAUGAAUUUUAUAGGAAGGCCAUUUUAGAACAGGCAACAUCAUCGUUUUUAGAUAUGCCAAUAUUUAAGGUCUUCGGAUUGAUUUUUUUUGUCCUCGGUUCCAUUUUUGUACUCUCUUCGAUGUAUGAAUUGGGAAUUGUUGGCACUUAUUUAGGGGACCACUUUGGAUUCCUCAAAGACGAGAGGAUUACAAAAUUUCCAUUUAAUGCAGUUGACAAUCCAAUGUACGAUGGUUCUUCCCUUUGCUUUCUAGGAACGGCAUUAUUCUACGGAAAGCCUGCAGGAAUUUGGUGUUCAGCAUUGGUUUUCGCCAUGUAUAGGGUGGUUGAAUUAGUCGAAGAACCCUUCACGGCAAAAAUUUAUGCUAAUCUAAAGGGUAUUAAGAAACAAAAAUAG